AACUAAAAUAAUAAUACAUUUAUUGUUGCUUAAAAAUCGAUCUAAUACCUUUUCAUAAUAAUACAAAGUUUAGCUUAUUCCCUACUCUCCAUGUCAUAUGUUGUGUGUUGCGGGAUACAGGUGAACUGUAGCUGGGCCCGGCACCGGAGACUUCGACGCGAGAAACUUGAAGAUUUGAUCAAUCAUGGAGGAGCUCGCGUAGGGGGAACAUCACACACAUCAUGCCACGCAUAUUCUUACUCCAGCAGGAGCUGGUCCACCAGCAGGAGGAGCUCCUCGAGGAGUUCAAGGGGUUCAACAUAUUCCCCAGGGUAACAGAGGACAACCUUAAGACGACCUCCUCCCUUGAAGUACAAUGUAAACAACUCCAAUUAAGUGAUUUUGGAUUUAAUUUACCCAGUGAUAGUACAGUAGAUGUUGAGAGUGUUCUACCAGAACCAGUUUUAGAGAAACCUCAAGAGAUGGACGAUCUUCCUCCCGCGGUUUAUCAUCUCGAACCUGAGGUUCAAGAUGUACCCAACCUUCUCCUCCCUCGACAUAACCAGGACAACAUCGGGACAAACAAGAACCAGGAGAUUAGGAAGGCAUUCAAAGUUUUCUGGAUCCAACCUGUCCUGUCCUGGCGGAAGGCGGAGGAUGAACGGCGGUGGUUAAAAGAAAUGUUCCGCCGUAGAAUGCAUCGUAAAGAGGCGCAUUCUGCUUCCACGAUCUCACACUCCUCCGGUGGAUCUGGCGGAGCUGGUUUCUCCGGUUUAUCUACCAGCGGCGGAGGUUUGGCAGGGGUGGGUGGCGGAGGGGGUGUAUUGGGUGGAAACCAAGGCGGAUCAACGGAAAGAGAUGAUAUGGAUGAUAUGGAUGAGUUUGCAUGUCCUGAUAGUCCAACACAACAAUGGUUGGCAGAUAAUGCUGAUCUAAGCCCCCUACAGGUGCUAGAUAACAUGAACCUAAAAACAGAGUUUCCUUACGCUACAGUUAACAUGGAGACAGAUAAACCACCAGAUAUUUCAAAUAUAGGUUUGGACCCUGGGACGACCAAUCUUCUACAGUUUGCUGCCUCUGUCCCCGUCCCAGAUCACUCCGGGUCCUUCAUGGACCUUGGACUGGAAUCCUUCCAGAGCCUGUACGAGGAUUUAGGAGAGUUUAUCCAAACCUCAAGCAGUACUGGAGAGUCUAGUUUUAUCAACCCCCUGGAGAUAUGCGGAACAAAACCAAACUUUAUAUCUAAACCUGGAGACUACCCGCCCCUGGAUCUGAAAUCUCUAGGUAUACAGAUAUCUGUGCCGGGUAUAGGAGAAACUACGAUUAUCCCGAUCAAUGCUCCAACCCUGAAAACCUUGAUCGAACCUGUUCCAUCAAUGGCUCUUCAAAACCUGGUUAAGGUUGAACCGAGUACCCCCAGUACUAUGAACUCAAUGCCCUCCUUUGGUAUAAUAAAGAUGGAGGAUGGAGGGGAGACGAGGGACUCCAUGUACUCCCCGUCUUUGUCCCCUGGGACCCCUGGGUCCCCGACCAGGAUGGGACUGGAUAGAAGCAGAUCAACCGGAAGUACGGACGAGGAUGAGGAACUUGCAAAUAUUCCAUCUUUGCAGAUGCGGAUACAGAUUAUACAACAAAGGUUUGGCAUACCGGUGGAAUCACCUUUGGAGAUUAUUAACGGCGGCCAUGGCAUAAAGAACCCACUGGCAGUUGAUUUACCUGUUCGGCAGGAGCAGGAGAAGCUGCCGGCCAUCCGACCGGCCGACGAUCCUUCUAAGUUUCUUUGCAGGAUUUGUGAGAAAACGUUCACCUUACAACGUCUUUUAAACCGACACAUGAAGUGCCACAGUGACGUCAAGCGCUAUCUGUGUACUUUCUGUGGCAAGGGGUUUAACGAUACUUUUGAUCUGAAGAGACACACAAGAACUCAUACAGGUAUGGGAUUUAUUAUAAUAUCAGGAGUGCGACCGUACAAGUGUAAUCUGUGUGAAAAAAGUUUCACUCAACGGUGUAGUCUGGAGUCCCACUGUCUCAAGGUGCACGGUGUAGCACAUCAGUAUGAUUACAAGCAAAGACGAUCUAAGAUGUACGUUUGCGAGGACUGCGGACACACAACUCCUGAACCUGAACUUCAUUACCUCCAUCUUAAGGAUCUUCAUCCUUUCUCCCCUGCUCUCUUGAAGUUCUACGACAAACGUCACUUUAAGUUUAAGAAUUCAAAUUUUGCCAGCAUGCUUCUUCAGUGCAGCAGUAGUAGUGCAGAGCCAACUACCCAACAGGGGCUUUAGCUUCUCUACCUGCCUCCCGCGCUGCUUCCACCGUGGGAUCAAACCGGUUUUCGCGCAUUUUAGUUUUAAAGAAAAAAUGGCGACUCUUUGCACACAGUAUUUUAUCCAGAAUCUAUUUUAAAUACUCAUUAAAGGCGUGAUUAUUGUAAAAACUUUGCUAAACUAUUUCAAACUUUGCUUUAAUUCUGAACCAUGUGUUCUCAGUUUAAAGACGCCGAAUUUAGCUGUUGCUGUGAUAGAUAUUAUAAUUAUAUAUUCAAGGAUGGACACUUUCUCAUCCAGCUUUUAAUAAAAAUUGAGAAACACAUGUCUUAAAUUUGGAUAAAUUUCAAUUCAACAAAAUUAAUAUUUCAUAUUCAAGGUUAUAAUGUUAUAAAUAGCCUUUUAAACUUCUUAUUUGCAUUGUAUAAGGCAUUUAGAGCUAUUUCAACGAUUUUCCUAAGGCAUUUUCAGAUUUUCGGCAUUUACAAAAACAAAAUUCAAGAUUUUAAAAAUCCUUUUAUUACACUGUAGUUGUCAGAGUGGAAUAAGUUGCAAUUUGUACAUUUAUUAUAGUUACCAGCGUAUAUUUUUUUAUAUCAUGUUUGCUGGAAAAUUGGAUUUUAAUAUAGACUGAACUUCUAAACAAAGCUGUGAUUAUCAACAAGUUUUAUUUUUCUUCACCUAAACUUCAUAAAACCAGCAUUUUUUAUCUCUAAUGUAUGACUUUGUAGACAUAUGACAAACUUUACACAAACUGAAAAGAAUCGAAAAAUACUCCAAUACUCCAUGAUAAAUGGACUUUUGACUUUGAUUAUUUUUAAGAAUUGGAAAAUUAAAUUUCUCCAAAUCAGUCGCUUGUGGCAGGAAUCUCAAAUUUUAUAGUAGUAGUUGGCUGUUCGACAAAAAGUAUUUUUUUAUACUUGUUGGCAGCCAUUUUCAUUCUACUUUGUUAAAUUAAGUUGUUUAUUGUAACCUAUGUAUUUUGUAUUUACUAACCCAUAGUUAAGUAAGGUUAAUGUGCAAUAUUUUACUAACAGAAAAUCCAGUAGAAAUAGGGACAGAAAAUUACAAAAAUUCAGAGAAAAUUUGUGAAUCAAAAAUAUUAUAUUUUCCCUCAUUCGGAUUUUCAUUUUCAUCAGGCAUUAAAUGAUGUAUGUAUACUCCUGCUUUAGAUUUUGGCAAAAUGAAUGUUAAAACUUAAAAUUUAAGUUUUUGAUUUUCCCUUACAAAUCUAAGCAAACACAAUCAUAGUUCUUCCAUAUUUCCGACCUUAGGUAAACACGGUCAAUUGACGACAACAUUUAAUGUUCAAACUUCCUGAAAUGGAAAUUGAAUUUGAAUAGUUGUCCCUUGAUUUUAGGAUUGUCUAACGAGGGAUUAAUAUUUUGUAAUAUUUUGUUCAAAUAUAGUUUAUUAGAUUA